GCUGCCAGAUUCACACAGUCACACUCCCUGUCUCUGCCAUGCACAAGGCGACUCGCUCUUGGAUUUAACCAGGAUCUUUUUCUUUUGCACCCUCCCCGAUUAAAAAGGAUGGUAUUUUCCGUAAAGAUAACAAAUAUAACAUUAUUGUAACCACAUUUCCCACUUUGCCAUAACUGCAUUUGCUACCGGUCCCUCUUCGCAGUCCCAGAUGUUUAACGGGGAGAUGAGGAGCAGCGCGGCGCUGUCCGCAGCGGAGGCGCGCAGUGUCAUGCGCAGCUCCAGUAUCAGCGGGGAGAUGUACAGCAUGGAGAAGAGCAGCGGGGGCCCGCCCGACGUGGCUGGCAUCUCCACCAAUAAGAAGAGGCGCUCCAGCCUGGGCGCCAAGAUGGUAGCCAUCGUGGGGCUGUCCCAGUGGAGCAAGAGCACUCUGCAGCUCAACCAGGCCGGUAAGGAUUGUUGUGUACAAGAGCUGCAGCUGGGAAUCACCUGGUUUACCUGCUGAAGAGGGGGUGAAACAACAAGAGCUGGUUACAGAGACCCUGGUUAGCACAAUGAAAACUUCUUCUUGGUCUUCAUCAUACCUUAAUGACAAGUAUUAUGACGUUGUUUUGUACGAGAUGCUGUCUAUAUUUGCAUUAUAAAUUAUUAGCAGUGUUACUGUAAGUGUUUGAAUACACGUCUCUGUAUGAUGAAGCAAAUAUGAUUUAACAACGAGCAGCAGUAACAUGAGUUCAUUGAGCAUAUCAAGCAGUGCAUUAUAAAAAUGAUUCAUUUUCUAAUAAAACACUGUAAAGACUGAAUAAAACAGCAAAUAGCAACCCAAUAGAAACUCUAUGAACAGUUAACUGCUAGCAGACUCCACGGAAAUGCAUUCAGGACCAUGGACAGCGACAGUGCUGUGAAGUCUUAAAGAAACGAGGGCUUAUAAAACGCAGCAAACCAGCAGCCUUACAAGGCAGCAU